AUGUUAAAUACAAAACUAACUAAGUUCAUAGAUUCAAAAGCAGAUCAGGUCAAUUCAUAGCUUAAGUCUGCUCAAAACACCAUGCAAAACCAGACAUCUCAAUUAACUAAUUAAAUUACAGAAGCAAAUCAAACUAUGAAGGUUGCUGCUCCUUUACUAAAAGCCAUGGGUCAUUCAGAAGCUGCCCAAAUUUCCAAGGGAUUAGAUUUGGCUUCAAAGAACCUGGUACCUAUUAUAGAUUAGACCAAUAAAACUAUACAAAAGGGCACUGAUAUCGUUAAUUCUUAAAUUUAAAAAGCAUCUACCUUAGCAAAUUAGUAAAUUCAGAAAAUUAAUGAACAAGUUAUGCCAUAAAUAGAAUCGGGUUAACAGAUAAUAAAAUAAUAAUAUGAAAAAGGAAUGGAGGCGAUUAAAGAAAAUUAAAAUUUUUAAUCUAUUGCUGUAAAAGCUGCAGUAAUAGGAAUGGCAGUGAAUUAAAUAAUGGAAACUCCAACAGAUGAUGGAUCGGAAAUAUUGAAUUAAAGAAAAGAAAAUACAUAAUAAUAACAAUAACAAUAAUAAUAAUAAUAAUAAUAAUAAUAAUAAUAAUAACAAUAACAAUAAUAAUAAUAAUAAUAAUAAUAAUAAUAAUAAUAAUAAUAAUAAUAAUAAUAAUAAUAAUAAUAAUAAUAAUAACAAUAAUAGUCAAUUAAUUAUAAUACAACAAACUAUAUAAAUACAGAUCUUAAUAAAUAAUAGUUAAAAUAAGAAUCUCAUUUCUUUCAAAAUAAAAUUAAAUAAUAUAUUAAAAAAAUAACAGGGAAAUAAGUUAAUUCAAGAAUUGAAUAUUUAUGUCUUAUCUAAUAAAAAUUAAAAGAUAAUAUUGAUUCCAAUUACUUGUCACAAUCAAAAUAAUCAUUAAAAAAUGAAAUGUGGAAAGCUGCUUAUUAAGAGAGAAGAAUUUAAAGUCAUCAAAUUUUCGUAUAGUAUAUGACAAAAAUGGUUGAAUUCAUUUUUGAAUACUUAACAAUUGUUGAAACAGUAUUUUAACAAAUCAAAAUGAGAUACAAAUCUUCCAAUAAUUCAUUUGAAAUGAUUCUUAACUAUUGCAACAAUUUAUCAAUACAAUUAGAUUACUACACAACCUAUAGUUAUGUUUAACCAUAGUAAAAAUUCUUGAGUAGACUAUUCACCAAUUAAACAAAAUAGUAAAUAAAAAAUGGUUAAAAAAUGAAAAAAUCAACCAAAUCAAGUAACUAAAAUGAAAAUGCAGAAACUCAAAAUUAACAACAGAAGGAGGAGAAGGAAGAUGUACAAUUCUACCAUCAAGAGCUAUGCUAAAACUUUAAUAAUCUCGAGAGUGAAUAUUAAUUGCAUACAAAUAAUAUCCAAAUAUUAAAGAACAAUUUGAAAGGAGAAUUAAGAGAUAAAUUAAUAAUAUGCCAAUAAAUGAAUCAAUAAAAGAUAUCUGAUUAUUUGAUGUAGGUUCAAGGUUAAAGAAAUAUCACUUUUGAGGCAGUCGAACAAUUUUACAAGAGUUUCAUCCAAUAUGAAUAAAUCUAUUCUUAAAAUGUAGAAGCAGCCUUUGAGGGAGGACAACAGAUAAAAGAUAUCUACAAUGAAGAAUACAGAAUGUAUUAUUAUUUUAAAUCCCUCAUAAGAUAAUAGUAAUAGUUUGGAUUAUUUACAACAUAUAUUCUUAAAGAAAUAUCCCAAUUUGAAUACACACGAAUAGAAUUCCUUUAGAAAGCAUUCACACAAUUAGCUGCCGAAUUGGGAAAGUAUUUUCAAUUUCCAAACUAAAAAGCAAUUAAUUUCUCAAAUCCAUUAAUAUUAUAAUAGGCAAAGACAGCAUUUGACAUAAAUUAAUUAUUAACAUCUGAAUAGCUUGUAAUAAUCAAGAAAUACUCAGGAAUACCUCUACAGAAUAACAUUUCCACAGAUAUAUAUUCAGCAUUUGCUUCAAAUUUCACAAUACCUUCCCCCGAAUCUCUUAUGUCAUUGUCUCCUUUGAUUCUAAAAAAGUAUGAUGUUAAAAGGGAUGUGGCAUGGGAAAGAUCAUUAAGUUUUGGCAAAGACUUUGUGCCAACCAGUUUCAUAAUAACUGUUGAUGGGUUUCUGCUAUUUUAUGAUACAGAUUGGAAGGAACAGAAUAAUGAGGAGCCAAUUUAAUGUCAUAAUUUCAUGGUCAUAAAUGAAUUAGCGAUAAAGGAGAGAUAAAGUGAUGAGAAUGUCGUAGAGUUGAUUGUGAAGAAGCAAGGGAAACUGUUUGAUACACAUAAGAAAUAAAUAUUAAUGAUGAAUGAUGUAAUGGAGAAGGAAUCCCUAAAAUUAUUACUAAAUUAAUUUAAAUGA